GGGCGGCCCCUUCCGGCGGUGGCGAGCAUGGCGGCGGAGAACCACUGCGAGUUCCCGGUGCCCCCGGCUGGCGGCCUCGGCGCGGGCGGGCCCUGCCGUCGGUGUAGCUCGGCGCCGCUGCCCGGUGCGGGGCCCGGAAAGUGGGUCCGGCUGAACGUGGGGGGCACCUGCUUCCUGACCACUCGACAGACGCUCUGCAGGGACCCUAAGUCCUUCCUCUUCCGCCUCUGCCAGGCCGACCCCGACCUGGACUCGGACAAGGAUGAAACAGGUGCCUAUUUAAUAGACAGAGACCCAACCUACUUUGGGCCAGUGCUGAACUAUCUCAGACAUGGAAAACUGGUCAUUAACAAGGACCUAGCUGAGGAAGGUGUACUGGAAGAGGCUGAAUUCUACAAUAUCACAUCUCUAAUAAAACUGGUAAAAGACAAAAUAAGAGAAAGAGACAGCAAAAUCUCACAGGUGCCAGUCAAACAUGUCUACAGAGUGCUGCAGUGUCAGGAAGAGGAACUCACUCAAAUGGUUUCCACAAUGUCCGAUGGCUGGAAAUUUGAACAGCUUGUCAGUAUAGAUUCCCAGUACAGCUGUGGCCGGGCUCAGCAGUCAGAGUUUCUGCUGAUAGUGUCACGGGAAGUGAAAGGGGAAGAGAGAUGCUUCCAGAAAUACUGCAGUGAGCUGGUCAGUAUUGGUUCUUCCUAUAACUAUGGCAAUGAAGAUCAGGCUGAAUUUCUGUGUGUUGUCUCAAAGGAAUUGCAUAACACUCCUUAUGGCACAAGCAGUGAACCCAGUGAAAAAGCAAAGAGUGAGGAUGAAGAAACGGAUUACGAUAUGAAUGACUCAGAUUAAGUGUAAAUGUCAUGAUUUUGCAAGAACGAGGUUCCAGGAUGUGAAGAAAGUAUUGAACGGUGACAAUUUUUCUUUUACUCGAAGAUGCAGUGAAUUGUCACACUGAAGAGGCUUGGCUGCAGAAGGAAAAAUCUGAUUUAGACAAUUUUCUGUUGAUCUGGGUUCAACCAUAUUUGCCUAUAAGCUGGUGUCAACUUCUGGAAGCAUUGCCAGACUACAUAAUGGGAAUAGAUGAUGUGGGAGCGUGUGUUAAGUUUUGGUUGUAGUGCAUGGUUGUAGUCUCUUGUUGGCUGAUUGAUACUGGUCAUUUGAAAAGAAAUGACCAUGCACUCAUAUUUUCCUCGGAGACAUGUAGCACUUGUUGUCUGGUGCUGGACGACCCAAUGUUGAUCAGUUUGGAGACAUUUUCCUACUGAUCAUUGUAAACCUUAAAAGGACAAUGUAAUUGGUGCUACACACACACGCACACACACACUCUUUCAGACAUACGCGUGCACACACACACACACACACACACACGUUACAGCCGAGAAAUGCAAGUAUUUGGGCAUAUGUUGUUUCAGAAUCAGUGUCAGCCCCAGUUGACUGUAUUAUACUGCACAUUCCUUAUGGCUCUGGGACAUAAUCUAUUAUGUAAUAACAGCCUAGGAGAUCAACUGAAACUAGCAUGUGUAAAAGUUACACAACAGAGAAAAGGUUUCUCUGAAGGGUGUAUAUAUUGACUGGAUAGAUAGCUUAUUUUAAUACCCAAAGGGAAGACUACACUCAGAGAAAAUGGCCUUCCUCUGAGUUAUUCUUGAUGUUCUCUCUGUUAAAACAGUCUCCUGCAAAAGUUAUGCUCCAGUCCUGGUCACAUGCUUGAAAGUGGAAUCAAAAUUCACUUAAAAUGACCAACUGAACAUUCUGUUUCUUUGGAGGUGUUUGUACUUAAAUGUGUGUUUGUGCUUUUAUAAAAUGCCUAUAAACAUUGAACUGUGUGGAUUAGGGUAGAGAUUUCUCUAGAGCGGAAGGUUUUACAGAAAUACAGCUGGCUAGUCCUAGGUCCCUGUCUCUAUGACUCAGAUUAAAAUCAACGUUAGUGUGAACAUAAACUCAUUCAGUUGAAAAACCUGAUUACUUUGGAUAUUCAGGAUACCUGUAAUCAACCUUUCUUUUUCUAUACAGUUUCAACUAUGCAGUUAAGAACAGUGUUUGAACAGAAUGUGGUGCAGCUUUGUUAGUUUGUCCUUGAUGCAGGCUAAUACACAAGACACACUAUAUUUUAAGCAAAAUCUUUAGUGCAUCUUUAAAACACUUAAUGAAAUGGACAGUAUAAAACUUGGCUUCAUUGACUCAUGAAACCGAUGGGGGGGAUUUCAAAGAGCUACAGGAUGGUUUUAAAUUCUAAAGACAUUACAGUUUUCAUUCUUAUCAUUUCAGAUUUUAUGCGUAUACUGUAGGUAAUUCUUUACACAAAAACCUUAUUUUCAAACGCCCAGGGUCUACUUUUUUUCUUUUAUUUUUUUUAGAAUUUUUUUUAAAGGACUUACAUAUUGAUAAAAGUUUGGAGAAACAAUUUGUAAGAAACAUUUCUACUAAACAGGUUAAGCAAUGGGCUAAAUGUUUUGUCCGUGUGCCUAAUGCUUGAAAGGAUUUGUAAUGCAUUUUGCGACUUGGAUGUGGUCUGCACAGGAAGCUGCUGGCCCCGCCACAACACAUACAGUUUUUGUCUUUUUUUAAAAAGUUAAAACUGAAUUUAAUUUACUAAAAUUGUAAUUGUGUAGGGGGAAAUGUUUAUACUUUUAUACUUUUUUAGGUACCCAUAUUUUAUCAUUUCAAAUUGAGCACACAGAUGUCCCCUAAAUAGUGACAGAUUAUCUUGUGUAUCUGAAAAUAAGCAUAACAAUUGUCUGUGUUAAGUGCAUAUUAAAACAUUUCCUCUGCUGCAGUAGUCACUGUGUUUUUAAGCAGUAUGACUCCACCAAAUUCUCUGAGCUCCCUGGCUCAUGGAAUUGCAGCUAACCAUGUCACUUGUUUUCUUGAUGUGCUCUACAGAGUAAUUCAGCAUUGAUCUUAGUGGAUUUUAAUGCCCAAGAUACCAGUUUCGCAGUGAUCCUUCUGAAUCAGCAUUUCUGUUCCCUCUCUUACUUAACCCAAAAAGGACAGGUUAUUUAAUAAAUUUAAAUUUUCCAGAAUUGCAUCAGCAAAGCAUGAGUAACAAACUAAGCAAACUGAACAAAUUUAGAGUAUGUAAAAAGAGUGGUUUUUUUCUAGGUUUGGGGGUUUUUUUUCCACUAGAAUAUUUUCAGUUUUAAAACCUGCUUUUAUGAUGAGAUUACCUGCAGUUUAGUUUACAAUGUAUCCCUACCAUAGCUAAAUUUAGGGAAAUGAGUGUUUAAUAAUUUUUUGCACUUUGUUUCCAAUACCUCACAAAGAUUUUAAGAAAAUAAAAGAGUGAACUUGCAGGUACCUUGUAAUUAUUUUAAAUAUGCUGUUGUUUGAGACCGCCUGAACCAGCUACUUUCCUGUUCUUGCUUUUGUCAUUAUUGCUUUAAUUUUUGUGAUCAUGUGAGGCUUCCAGAUAGAUAGAAAUGCUCUCUUCAGCUUUUUUCAAGGCAUUAAGACUUUAUCCCUAAAUAAGUUUAGUUUCUUUUUGUUUGACUGUUGCAGUUUCAUAUAAAGUUAGUGACAGUAACAAGGUAAUUGCAUUAAAAUCCAAGCUGCAUCACCAUGCUUUGCAAACAUUGCUUCAUCUGUUAAGAUCUUGCAGGAUGAAGCAAUGUACAUGUAUAGUUUAAACUGACGUUUGGAGAGUACCUACCUGAGAAUUGCCUGUGACUGUGCAGAGCUGAGGGGUUCACUAUCAGGCUGGAGCUGCACAGCUGUACUACAAACUCCUUGGACUUAACUCUGGACAUAGACAGCUCCUCUGUCCUUAAAUCAGAACAAUAUUCCAGGUUAGAACUUUAGAUCCUGAGCUCGAAGAGAUCAUAGCAGAAGGAAUAAAGCAGAGGAAGGGAGAGAGAUGAAAUUCCCCAAAUGCAUUUACAUGACAAACAUCUUGCAAAACUUGUUUGAAAACAGAAGUUCAAAUCUGCUAUAGCAAUUUCUUACUUUGAGUUAGCAAGCAGCGUAUUCUUGGCCUUAAGUUUUCUCAGAGGCUAUUUUCCUUUAUUGGAGGUGACAUUUUUAUAUUACAUGCUUUUGACUUCUUCAAGCGACAAGUGAAUCAGAAUUUGUUUGCAGUGGACAGGUAAUUCUGAGGCCUCAAAGACAUGAAUGUCAUAUGGUCCAUUAAUAACUGUCCAGACGUAUACUCUGACUUGGCAGCUCCCAGCCCAAAGGUUAUCUGGGAUUUUGUCCCACUUACUGUGGGAUUUCCAUGGAUUACGGUUAAUUGCAGUUUCUUUAUUCUACAGUAAUUUAAUUGUGUGUCAAAGACUUGAUCAAAUUAAGCAGCUUUUUUUAAUUCUUUACUAAAGUUUCUAUCAUCAGAAUCAUAUGCUCAUAAAACUUGGAAAGUGUACUGUGUUUUUUUCAAACUCAUAUUUCUUGUAAUGAUAAAAGUUCCUUUCAUCUUGCAUUUAGCAUUAGGAGAAGAUAUUUCUUUUAAAAUGAAGCUUGGUGAAUCCAUCUGACUUCUUUGUUUUCAGAUUUUCUUUGGACAAUAGCUGUGUAGCUCCAUUUCUACCAAUGUGAAUGCACAGUUAUGAUUUAUUAGAAACAGGACUGUUUCCUGCAGAUUCAAAAAUGGAAUCAAUCUUCUCUUUUUCUGAGAGAGGUGAUUUUUUUGGUUUUUUUCAGGAGAAAUAUGAAAACUGGUAGAUUAAACAGAAGAUAACUUGGUUGCAGGCAUGCAACAAGGGGAAGAAGUUUGCUGAGUAGGAUGAUAGUGUUAUCAGAACAGUGCUUCUCGUAACAGGACACUAUUCUGUGGAUGUCUGUUGAGGUUGUAGAGAGUUGUCAGUUCCUGUUUAAGCUGUAGAGGGCUACCACCAGCAAAUAAACACAUAGUAGUUACAAAUUUUUAUUAAUAUUACAAAAAUUAACUUGGAGUGCAAAAAUGCAAUAGUAUCUGGUCCAGUGGAAUUAAAUAGAGUCUGGAUUAUAAUUACCCAGGUAUACUGGAAUGUAUUCCUUGGGAAGUACUGGGGGAAGAGUGAAGUUUUCCUGGGCUCUUUGAGGGAGAUCGAAGUCAAAUGAAAGCCUGGAGAUGAAGUCUGGGGUUUUGUUCUCUUGAGAUGUGAUAAAAUCAGAAAGCGGCAUUCUCCAAUUUUUAUUCUCUCACCACAUCAAAAGUUUCAGGUUUUUCAAAUUAACUUUUUCAAUCAGCCCUUGAACUGUGGGGCUCUUGAAAAGAGAUGAAAUUUUGUUACACCUUUAACAGUGUCUGUUAUCUUAAGACAGUAGGGUUAAAAUCCAAGUGGUCAUUGGAGAAGUGUCUUUUCUAACACAACAGUAUUGAAAUACUUAAGUCCGAGGAUACUGCCUGUUACUUGGUUGUAGUUUAGACUGCAGUUAUCUCCAGUUUUAAGGACAAUCUUGGGAUCUUAAGUGCGUUUUUUUGUGUAGAAUUAUUGAGUCUUUAAAUAGUAUAAAUAUUUAGUUUAAAAAAAAAAGGUGGAAGGCUCUCUGAACUCAGUGUCAUAUAAGUUUUCUUUUGUUUCACGAAAAUCAGGAGCUGUCUUUAAAGGCUUCUUAAUGAACAGAGGCUUUAAAGGGCUAAAUAGAUCUUACUGUCCAGAUUGCCUAAAUGACUGUCAGAAAGAACUCUUUCCAUUUUCAGAGCAUAAAUGCUAAGGGCUAAAAUGCUUUCCAGGGCUAAUUUGAGGUUCCAGAGACAUACAAUGUUUAAAAAACAACUAGUCUGUUUUCCUUUCAAUUCAUGGACUCUAAAAUAAUUUUUACAAAUGGCUGAACCAGUUGCAGAUUUAAGUGUUCCUAUAUGGCUUGGAUUUUCAGUAUUCAGAUUGGAUAAGAGCACACUAGAGAAGGCAGUACUUACCCUCCACUUUAUUAUUACCUUUGCUGAAAUCUAACAACUUUUUAUGAACAGCACUGGCAGUAAAAAAGCUUUGAGGGAGAUUCUGCCCCAGGAAAUUGUCACAGAAUAUUUCUUUGCAAUUUAAUUGAUCUUUACUUUAGCAACGUCUACCAAGGCAUAAACUUCUCAGAAGUUCAGUAUAGAUACUGAAUAGAUAGCUCAGAAUAGAUACUGCUGCAAGUACAACUUUCUGGACACAUCAGAGGGUUCUCUUAAGGAUGUUGUGUCUUAAAAACUACCAUAAUGAGAGAAACUUUUAGAAGUUAUUUUGGUACUUUGAGGGUGAGUGGAAGGGGGAAGAGGUUCUGUGUCAGUGCUCUUCCUUGCCUUAGAAAGCUGAGCCUAAAUUUUGACCUAAGACCUGUUGUGAUUUUGAGGCCUCGUCACCUGAAAUGAGUAAAGAAUAAAUGUAUUUACUGUACAUGAUUCUUGCUACUUCUGAAGAUUUUCCGAAAGCUUAUGCACAGCUUUACUCACGUUAACUUGCCUCGUGUACUUGCUAGAAUGAAGCAAAGUGCCAAGGCACUCUUAAAAGGAAUGUUGCCAACCUCUCUACCUGGAACUGAAAGAAGAUCACCAAACUGAAGAAGUAUCAAAUGGCAGCUUUUUCCACCUGCUUUUGUCUUUACCUUUACCUCAACCUAGUUAUAAAAAAAUCUACUUCCUAUGCACUCUUUAGGACCACCUACCCAAUUCAACAAAUGUUCUUUUUUUUUUUUAACCUUUUCCUCCAGAUCACUGGUCUCAAAAUUAGUUGUGCAUCAGCUGUUUGUGCUUAUAACCGAGUGGCCAUACUUGCAACAUGUUAUUUCCUGGAUAGUGGAUUAGCAAUAACACUUUAUUUUGUGCCAAUUCAUUAUCUCUGAAGUGUUCUUACUGCAGCAAAAUUUGAGUUUUGAUUUGGUUUUAAUGCAUUUGCAUUAAGCAAAACUCAUAGCACAGGCACAGACAAGAAACUGAAUUCAGGGAAAUUUCCCUGGGAAAAAAUCUGCUAGGGCUUCCCAAAUAAUUUGAAGGUGGUUACAGUUAACCAUCACUUUCAAAACUAACAAAUUAAAUGUGUGUGGUUAUUUUUUUAACUUCUUUUUCAUAACACUAGUGUAUUGUAAACUGCAUGGAAUAAACCUGUUUUUUCCCUUUUAAA